GUGUCCCGACCUCAGGAGAUCAAAGUCCUGAUAUUCAGACUUCUCUGUAUGGGGUCCGGGGAGGUUCCAUCCUGUUUCACUUGAACACAACCCAAGGAAAAAAGAUCCAAAGGAUCGAAUGGAGCUUCCUCUCUAAGAAAAACCAUCAGCCUCUGUUCACCUUGGAGCCUGAGACUGGCAGACUAACUUGGAAGAGUCUCUGGAACAGAUAUGAGCAAAGAGUCCAUGCAACAUUGACAUCCCUGCACAUUAAGAACCUCACUCUUGAGGAUAAUGGAAACUACAGAGCUCGAAUAGAUUAUGAAGACACAAUCAGUGAUCAAAACUUCUUUCUCUCUAUUUAUGAUCCCACAAAACAAAAGGAGUCAUGGUACAUUGGAAUUUUCCUUCUGGUCAUAUUGCUGGGGAUCCUGGGGAUUGGAAUGUGGAUCUGCAGAAGAAAAGAAAAGAAGAAAGAAGUUAUGGAUUCUCCAGGGAAUCAGAGAAACAGUGAUAUGGACAUCCAAUAUGAAGUGUUCAGCCUAGGUAGACCUGAGGAUCAGAACCAGUGCCAAGAGGCUAGUGAGCAGCACCCACAGGAGGAGAAGCACCUCACCACCAUUUACAGUGAGAUCCAGAAUCCUCGAAAAUGCUCAGGAAUACAGCGAGAAACAAGAUAGCCAAGAGAGGAACAACAAAUGUGCCUUAUUGUGUUCUAGUUGAAUUUCUGUAAUGGAAGAAUCCUCAGAUUCCCUUGGAUCCUCAGAACCCCGCUGGAUACAGAUUUCCUUUCUGAACCACAACCCGUGAUGCCUGUACUUGCCCAAUCAUUUAAUCCAUUGGGUUUGUGUUUGUAACUCAUGGAAACCCCUAAUUGUGUAUGCAUUAUGUUCCAUUGAAACACCUGAUUAUGUGUGUGUAUAAAAUAGCCAGAGCCCCUUGCUUUGGGUCCCAGAC